AAGACUUCAGUUCAAGGAUGUGGGGACUGCUCGCUACUCUGCUGUUUUCCCGCCUUGGAUGCCUUGUGGAUGCUGCUUGUUCGAAGAUCAACUUUAAACGCUUCAAUGACACGCCAUGCCUGAAUUUCAGUGGCAGGUUUCUUGUCACCAAAGUCAAUCUCACUAUUUGGAAACAAGUGAAAGAGUUGGAUCUGUCCAAUAACAACAUCACAGAGUUAUCAGAAUUGGAGUCUGCAGCAAAACUGGAAUCGUUGUUCCUUCACAAUAAUAAAUUGAAGAGCCUUCCUUCCGACUUCUUUGACAAAACACCCAACCUGAAGGUCCUGAGUCUGGAGAAGAAUCAACUUAGCUCUAUAUCCAUUGAAGGCUUCCAUCCAUGCCUGAAGGAGCUCCGGGUGGACUGCCGCUGCAAUGUGGCAGGCAGCAUUUUGCAUUAUUGCCAAAACUGCUCAGACAGCGGCAUCAAAUGCCAGUGCUUCACUUCUGAAAGACUGGAUAAUGUAACUGAUUACUACAAGAAGGAGUGCCCUGACACUGGGUAUGGUCUCUAUAUUGGCAUCAUCAUACCAAUCUUGAUUCUGCUCCUGUUGGCCAUCCUGGCUUUCUUUGUAAUCUGGAGGAAGAAAAGGGCCCCAAUCAACCAAGAAAAACGACCUUCCGACACAUCUGAAGGCACCUCUGGACAAUCAAGGUACAUUAGCCGCUUGUCUCCGCCAGGGAACACAAGUCAAAACAUGGAGUUCCACAAGGACUAUGAGAACGUCUUCAAUGACCAAUCCAAGGGCAAAGUGGGCAAAAUGAAAAGUGGCCAAGCUAACCACCAGAGUCGGAAGCAGACCACCGCCAAAAGGUCUCCAUCGAAAGGUGAGAGCAGAGAUUCUUCUGAAGGCCAUCAGCCCAUCUACGCCAAUACUCAGGAAUUAUAUUACAACUAUAGUGGGAAGCCUAACCCGGAAGCAGUAGAUGAUGUCUACAUUAUUCCAGACCAGUGAUACCUUGGGUCCAUCAACACUGCUAUCACCAAGGAUGACCCAAAACAUCUCCUGGGCCUUCCCUGUUGCAAUGCCCAUUUUUCAGAACACCAGAACAUUUGGCCCCAACUUUGCUGGCAUUUUGUAAACCACUGAAGAGCUAGAUGGGAACUAUAGGUUGGGUGAGACCAUCACUGUGGCUUUCUUUAGCAUGAUUAUGGUGAUGUGGAGAAAUGGAUUGUCUUCAGGCACUAUUAUGUUAUCUUCUCAUUGUUGUUUACCUUGAUAUUCAUUAUGUUUUGUUGAUUUGGAUUACCUAUGUUUGCUACCUAUGAGGUAGGACACCUUCUCUGCUUUUGCCCCACACUUUGGGGCAUGUUAAUCCCCAGAGGCAAGGUGAGCCCCAACGCUUUUGGUUUUCUGAAUGAGCGUUAAGACCUGGCUCUGCCAAUGAGCAUGGGAGUAUAAAAGGAUUAUGCUGUACUGGGGAUGGGGAAUGGUUUAAGGACACUCCCUCUGCCUUGUUAAACUGAUUUUUUUAAACUUUGAUUUUCUCUUUUAACUGGUAAAUUUUAACCUUGUUCUUAAUUCUGUUUUUAACCCUGUUUUUAACCAUGUGUUUAGAUUGCUUUAUGAUAUGGUAAACCGUUCAGAGUAACUUAAGGGAGAUGGGCGGUAUAGAAAUGUAAUAAAA